GCUGCACAACAAUGGAGUCCCAUCACGCACAAGGUCUCCGUGUCCGCAGCACGGCUUCCACGCUGGCCUUCAUCGGGGAUCUUUAGCUUACUGUAAAGUUUACUCUCUUUUUUAUUUUUUUAUCCUCAGCACAAGGACUUCUUUCAUACAGCCUUUUUUCCCCCAUGUUUUGAUGUUCAUAUGUGGGGGACUUUUCCAGCAUAGAUCAUCAGAUUCUGCGUUUCAGUGCAAGCUGCUUUCCGUUUACAUCUAACCCGCAAUGAGAGGACCCCAUUUGGCUUUUUCCGUUUUUAAAGCUACAACUAUAUAUUUUCUGGAAGUGGGUAUGGGCCAGUUUUUUGCUCCACGGAUGGGUGUUUCGAAGAUGGAAGCGCGUGAACCUGUCUGCAGCAGAUAGUUUAGUGAACUGCUGAAGGUUUUAUUUUGAUGGACCUGCGACAUGGGCUGAGCUCCUGUGCUGAGUAUUUAUUCUCCUGAAAGCUGUUCAAUAUUCCGAGGAUGGACAACGGGAAACGGGGGACGGGCGGCGCUUAACUUUAUCGUCGGAACUCUUCAUUUAAUACACUUACCUUUUGCGAAGCGCGCACGCGCACGCACUGGCGCGAGGGGGCAGCGGAACCUGUGCGCGCGCCCCGGUUUUUGGAGUUCAAGCGUCGGCCGUUUAUGUGAUCAUUAAACGUGAGGUUUUGACUGUGGGAUUUGGAUUUAGUGUGACGUCACUAAAGCGGUUCUCGUGCGGAUCUCCGGAUCUACUUUCUUCAUUUUAACAACUAAAAUCUAGAUUCUGGAUUAAACGACAAUGCUGGUGUUAAAAUACGCAGGCGCAGGUAUGAACAACGUUGUAAGAUCACCUUAGCAGGACAAAAGUCGAGUCCUUUCCACCCAAAUAGCCUGUUAGAACUGCAUAUCUGCACUUUUCAGGGGACUCUUUUUGCUGCCGGUAGUUGAUGCGGAGGGCAUUGUUUUGACGUCUUUAAAGGCCCGGGACGCAUCUCUUUCUCAUUGCUUUGGAGAUUCAGCUUUACGCAAAGGGACACCCCCUUACCCAUCACCAUGUGGCUCCCGCGCGUCGCGCUGCUGCUGCUGCGCUUCUCCGGCGUGCUGCUGGUGGAGGGCUUCAACACGUGCCACUCCAUCAACCUGGACGCGCAGAAGUCCCGGCGCAUCGAGGCGGUCCGCGGGCAGAUUCUCAGCAAGCUGCGCAUCCGCAGCCCGCCGGACAAGGACGCGGUCCCGCCCGCCGGCUGGGUGCCAGCGGAGGUCAUGCUGCUCUACAACAGCACGCGGGAGCUGCUGAAGGAGCGCGCGCGCCUGGCCGAGUCCGCGUGCGAGCGCGAGAGCAGCGAGGAGGACUAUUACGCCAAGGAGGUGCAGAGGAUCGACAUGCUGCCCCCCCGCGCCGACACGAAUGCUGUCCAGCCUGCGACCCCCGACCCCCAUUACAGAGUAGUCCACUUUGACGUCAGUGGAGUGGACCUGACCAACAGCACCCUGUUUAAAGCUGAGUUCAGGAUCUUCAGAGCUCCCAACCCGCAGGCCCGGGCCUCAGAGCAGAGAGUGGAGAUCUACCAGCUGCUGCAGCCAGAUGAAGAGAGCCCCUCCACCCAACGUUACAUCGACUCUCGCACCGUUCAGCCCAAGGAGAAGGGAGCCUGGAUCUCUGUGGACGUCACCGAAACCAUUAAGGACUGGGUGUCGGAUCCAGAGAAUAAUCUCGGCCUGAAGUUGGGCGUCCACUGUCCCUGCUGCACCUUCGUCCCGUCCACCAACAACAUUGUUCCCAACAAGAGUGAGGAGCUGGAGGCUCUCUUCGCAGGUCUGGACGACGAGCAGCUCCGUCGGAUGAGAAAGCCCAGCCAGGUCAAAGGUCAGUCCGACUUCAGCACCAAGACGCCGCACCUCAUCCUCACCGUGCUGCCCAGCGACAGAGCGGACGACCCGGCCACCAAGAACCGCAAGAAGAGGGCGGCCGCCGCCGACACCACGACCUGCUCCCGCGGCUCGGACCAGGGCUGCUGCCUGCGCUCGCUCUACAUCGACUUCAGGCGGGACCUCAACUGGAAGUGGAUCCACGAGCCCAAAGGCUACAGAGCCAACUUCUGUGCCGGCAACUGUCCGUACAUCUGGAGCGCCAACAACCACUACAACAUGAUCCUGCCGCUGUACAACAAGCUGAACCCCGAGGCCUCGGCCUCGCCCUGCUGCGUGCCUCAGGACCUGGAGCCGCUCACCAUCAUGUACUUCAUAGGCCGCACGCCACGCGUCGAGCAGCUCUCCAACAUGGUCGUCAAGUCCUGCAAGUGCCGCUGAGCUCGUUGGGAAGAGGUGAGGGAGGAGAAAAGACUUCUCUUACGGCAGACUUUUGAGAUAUUAUUUUUCUGCUCAAGUAUGUGCAUUCCCCCCCCCGGGACUUUGCGUUUGCUACAGAACACUGUUGAUGUCAAAACACAGCUGUAUUAAACCUGUACUUGGAUAUUAAAGGAGGCGUUGUGUGAUUUGGCCCUCAUUUGGUCUCCACGGAAAGGAUUCUUUUUUUAAAUCGGGAUUUUU